AUGAAAACAAUACCUGUGCUUUAUUAUUUUGCAGAAAAAGCGUCGCACGAAGAGGCAUUGGAACUCGUCCAAGCGUUUAGGUUCGAUUGAUAAAUAUAACUAUAAUUUUUGGGCUUCAUUCUUUGAUGAUUUAAUGCGGAAAGUAAAAGUAAAAGGAGUGGCAGAUGAAUGGCUUAGUAAGAGGAUUUUAAGCGAAGAUGAAGUUGCCCAAAAUGUGUAAUACGUGACGGUAUAAAAUAAACGUUAUAAAAUUUAUUUUAAGUUCUUAAAAUACAAAAACAAGUUUACAAAUCUUGUCUUGGUUCGAGGAUAAUUUUAUUUUGUGCGGAAUAUGUUUCAAACUUUUCAACAAGCAACAAAACAUCUUUAUUUGUAUGUAAAUAUAGUAUGACAAUUCUUUUAAAGAAACGUGUUACUCAUUUUUUAAAGAGGGAGAUUAGGUCUUGCAUUAUAACGUUUAUCUAAAUUUAAAGGAAUUGUUGAUAAAAAUUGUCGCGUCAUUUAACUGGAUAAGUUAAAAAAAAUAAGAUAACAUAAUUUUUCAGUUAUGAUUUAGACGUUUAUUGUGUCAACUUGCUUCGUUCAUGCAUUCUGAAAAUAAAGAAAUUUAAUUUCUUUCUUGUUUUUGUACAUAUAUAUACUCAUUAUAUGUUUUUAUUAGUUUCAUCGGGAUUUUCCUUUUAAUUAUUCAUAAAAUUCAACGAUGUCAAAUUCAGUAAAGAAGGAUAGUUCAAAACAUUUGAGCAAUUUUACAAGGGAUUUUUCCGUAAACCAUGAAGAACCUCCCGUAGAAGAUGAUUCGCAAGAGGGCAUGAGCCAAAGGAGAAUCCUGCGAAAUUUAUUUAUUACUAGUUUAUGUUAUUUAUUCUUUUAUACUGGAUAUUGGUGCCUUGGAGGUCUACAAAGUACAAUGAAUAGUAAUGAUGGCAUAGGCGAUGAUUCACAAGCAGUCAUCAAUGGUAUGUCUCUACUUUCAUCACUUUUCUUACCAGAUUUUUUGAUCGCCAAAUUCGGCAGCAAGAAGGUACUGACAGCAUGCACGCUGCUAGGCUGUCCUUAUUUAGCCGCCAACAUGUACCUGCGAUGGGACACGAUGAUAGUGACAUCUGUACUGUACGGUCUGAUGAAUGGACCUUUCGUAACUGCCCAAGCUGUGUAUAUCGAAGAACUGGCGUCCCGUUUUGAGAAAAGCGUUAAUCAAAACAUUGAAGUAGUUAUGGUUAGUUUCUUUGGAGUUUUUACUUCUUUCACGGAAUCAACAUACAUUUUUGGUAAUAUCCUCGUUUACUAUGCUUUGAAACCAAAUAGAGUCAAUAAUACCUUUAUUAACGAAUCAACGACUGAUGAUUGCGGAUAUUACUUCAAGCCUUACGAUAAUGUCACGAAUUCCAAUUUAGAUCCUCCUCUGGAAAGCCAAAGACAGCUUUUGGUCGGUACCUUUGCCAUUUUUGGAAUUCUUUCAGCUCUCAUCCUUGCUUUGUUUUUGGAUCCUUUGAAGAACGAUUUGAAAGAAGGGAGUGGAGGCAAUUUUAUUUUGAACCAAUUUCUGUCCGCUGUAAAGCAUCUGAGAAACCCGCAUCAAAUUCUGUUAGUUCCUAUUUCUAUUUAUGCUGGAAUGGAGGGUCCAUUCUAUUUAAAUGAAAUUACCCAGG